AUGAUGCAAUAUCUGAAGAAGUUCGCCAAGACUAUGUGGGACACCAUGGGCGUUCGCAUGGCAUUCAUGCUAGCAUAUCCGAAGGAAGUGGGGAGUCUAAAGGUAGAGAUGGUGGAGGUCAACCAUGCCAUCACCAAUGGAACUCCAUUUGGGGCCUAUCCUGGGUGGCUGUGUGCUUACCAGCCUCCAGCAAAGGUGUUCUCUGAGUGGGCCAAAGGCGAAUACGGUGUGACUGAGACUAUGGUGAUGGUGAAGAAGACACCUGCCAAUUGCAUGCGGGCCAUGGACAAGAUUCGGUUGAUGGCCAAUGGUUUUCCUCUGCUCCCAUCAGUGCCUGAAGGUAUGGUGGAAGCGCCUCUUAAGGUGAUGAAGGUACAAGUUCGAGACUUCAUGAAUCAUCACUACGCAUUGGCGAAGGGUGUUCGGAACUGCAAGUCGCCAUGGACGAAGCUGAACAGCAUAGAUGACAUCAAUGAGGUUAUUGUAGCAGAGAUGCUACCUGAGAACUUCCAGUGGAUCAAUCCCUCAAAGUUGACAAGUGUUCCCAUUCGUGCCCUUCUCGACCACUGGUGGGCAUGCCAAGAGGAACAUGGACCUGAGCAGACCAUGUGA